AUGGAGAGAUGUGAGUCGAGCAGCGUUGGUUCGUCGUCUGAAGAAGGCAAUUACAACAGCUUAGAUGAACCAUUUAAGCCUGUUCCCUUUGUUCGCAUUCUUUGGAUUGAUAAUUCUGGCAUUCAUAGAUGUCGUGUUAUUCCAAGAGAACACCUCAGCUUUGUGAAAAAACAUGGUAUAGGCUUAAGUCCUGCAUGUCUGGCUGCAGUCAGUUCAGUCUCUAAUUGCCCCGCGGAGGAAUCUAAACUCACAUAUACGGGCAUGAUCAGAAUUAUUCCUGAUUUAUCAAUACAGAUGCAAAAUCCCGUGGUACACGCGGAAACUGGGAAAGGUCAGUUUGAAGUUGUCCUGGGAUACACGGAGGCUAGUACAGCAAUUCUCAGCUUAAUUUAUGCGCGUGAAGUCAUCAAAUCAGUUGCAAGGCAACACGGGCUGAUGGCAACUUUUGUUCCAAAGUAUGCAGAGGAUGAAGUUGGCUCCGGAUCACAUGUCCACAUCAGUUUGUCGAGGAAUGGGAAAAACGUUUUUAUGGCAUCUGGCGAUUCAAAAUAUGGGAUGUCGAAGAUCGGAGAAGCAUUCAUGGCUGGAGUAUUAAAUCAUCUUCCUUCCAUAUUAGCUUUUACUGAAACACAUCCUCUUAGUUAUGAGCAUAUGCUACCUAAGACGCGAAAUGCAGCUUAUCUCUGUUGGGGGAAAGAAAAUACAGAGGCACCAUUGAGAACUGCUAGCCCUCCUGGAAUUGCAGAUGAUCUCGUGAGCCAUUUCGAAAUCAAAGCGUUUGAUGCGUGUGCAAAUCCAUACUUUGGUCUUGCUUCAAUAAUUAUUUCUGGUGUCGAUGGGUUGAGAAAAGAUUUAAGCCUUCCAAAACCAGUGGGUAAGUUAGACCUUCUUUUAGUAUUUCCUCUAUAUAUGUAUUAG